UGCAUUGAACAUCUGUUUUCACAUUUCUGCCAUAGAUCAUUAUCAAUUAUUUCUACAUCACAUUCACAUUCAAUCUUUGUGGGAAACAAAACAUUUUCGCAGCUCGAAUAAAAUUUUUAUUUUGUCCAACAAUUUCAACAUUUAAAAUGGUUAUAGGCAACGAAGAGAAUUCACCCUCACCAGCUUCACCACCCGAAGAGCAGGAAGAUUCGCCUCCACUGCCAACACCUCCAGCGCUGGACGAAUUAUUGGAACAGGUGGAAGACUAUAUACCAACUGUACCAGAUGCUCUUACUGCACGUUAUUUGAAUCAGUCCGGUUUCGAAAGUAUGGAUCCGCGAAUCGUCCGCAUCAUUUCGGUGGCAGCCCAGAAAUUUAUAUCAGACAUCGCCAACGAUGCUUUGCAGCAUUGCAAGACACGCACAAUUAGCCAGCACUCUGGUGGGCAUGGUUCAAACAAGGAUAAGAAGCCAAACAAAGAUCGUCGGUAUACUUUAGCUGUCGAAGAUCUUACACCAGCUCUAGCAGACCAUGGCAUUACUAUGCGAAAACCGCAAUACUUCGUAUAAAUUGAAUCAACAUAUCGAAGCAAUAUUACAUCAUUUUAAAAUGAAUAAAUUUAGAAACAGGUAUAAAUAAUGAAAAAUUAUUGAAUAAACUCUGGCCUAACUACGUAA